AUGGCUGUCUGCAAUUUAACCUUCGAUGAAAUACAAGGGCUCCCCUCACUUGAAGAUGAAUUCGAAUACUUUAGAGUUCUAAGUGGUGAAAAAGAAAUUGAAGUAAAAGCAAGUUCAAGCUUUGAAGCAGCAGUUAAAAUGGCAUUUACCUUACAUGUAAGAGAAGGUGGACAGCUCGAUAUCGAUGAUCGUGGUGUAGUUAUUACUGUUAUCUCGCCAAAUGAAGACGAAUUUAAAUAUAGAGCUAUUAAUGCAGACCCUGUUGCUGUUGAGCUCCUGGAAAAAAAUGUCAAAGUCUCCGAGAAUGAAGUUAAUACGGUGUCUACGACCGACGAUCCUGUUGUUUAUACUUUUACGAACGCGUCUGAGAGACUUGACUUUUCAAACGGUUCAUUAAUCGAUACAACGCUUCGAAACUAUUUUGGGUUUCCUUCGUUUAGACCUCUUCAAAAGGAAACGAUUAUUUCCACUAUGGCUGAAAAGAAUGUUCUUACAGUUGUUGGAACAGGAGGAGGAAAAACUCUCACAUACUUACUGCCUGCCGUUCUUUCUUCCCAUCCUACUCUUGUAUUAUCUCCUAUCAAGUCUUUAAUUGAUGACACCCUAGUUCGCUGCCUAAAUCUUAACAUUCGCAGUUGCAAGUUUACUGGAGAUGUUCCCCAUGAUGUGAGAAAAGAACAGAUACAUAACAUAGAAGAUUUCAAGAUUAUUUUUGCUACUCCUGAAUGCUUAGAAGACGGCGAGCCACUUCGAGUUAAAGUUGAUGGACUUGCUGGUGUUGGUCACCUUGAGCGAAUAGUGUUUGACGAAGCACACACUAUAUCGAGUUGGGGAAAUACCUUUAGACCGAAUUAUAAAGAUGUAUGUAAGAAUUUGUGUAAGGCAAAGUGUCCAAAACUACUUUACUGUCCUUCGUAGAACUGUUUAUAGAGAAAAUUUAUAUUUGGAAGUAGUUGAGCGAACUGGAAAAUUCCUUGACCAACUGUCUGAUUUCAUUUCGCAAAACAAAGAUGCUUGUGGUAUUGUUUACUGCGUACUCCCUAAAGAUGUUUGCAAGAUACAUGGUGAACUUUUAAAACGAGGAAUUAAUGCUGUGAAGUAUCAUGGUAAAUUGUCUGAUGCUGUUAAAUUAUCCAGUCAGUCGAAGUGGAUGAGUGGUGAAGUAAAUGUUAUUGUGGCAAACUCGUCAUUUGGGAUGGGUAUUGACAAGGCUAAUGUGAGGUAUGUUUUACAUGCAAAAUUGCCCACUAACAUUGAAGAAUACUUUCAACAAUGUGGCAGAGCAGGUCGUGAUGGCUUGCCAUCACACUGUAAGCUUUUUUAUAAUUACAGUGAUAAAAACAUUCUGUAUCGACUGUUUGAUGAACAAGUCAUAGCACAAUAUAAAGGUGUAAAUGACUUGAUUGUACUUCUUGAAAACCCAGUGCAGUGCCUUCAUCAAGGCAUAAUGAGCUAUUUUGGAGAAAAGCAUGAUAGCUUUAUAUGUCUUACUGGAUGCAGCAAUUGUAAACACCGUGGAACUCAUCAGAUCACUGAUGGUACAUCAGAUGCUUUAAAAGUUUUGCAAGCAGUUGUUGAAUUAAGCAACAUUAACUUAACAUGCAAUGAUUUGAAGCUGUAUUUAGCUGGUAGCAACCAGAAAUGUGUGUCACAUUUGCAAGAAUAUGCCACAUUUGGAAGCUUAGGGAAGAAGUUUGUACCUGUUUCUUUGCUAGCAAAGUUCUUACAUCUGUUAAUUGUUGGUGAUAUCCUAACUGAAAGAAUACACAAGAAAGGUACUGGCAGCAGCAUUUCUGUUGAAAUAACUCUUGGAAGCAAGGCUCAUGACUUGCUUGCUAACAACUUUAUGAUAGAUAAGUAUGAAAAGACAUGA